AUGGGAUUCAAUAAGAUUAAGGUUGACCAACCAAUUGUUGAAAUGGAUGGUGAUGAAAUGACCAGAAUCAUCUGGAAAUUUAUCAAAGAUAAGUUGAUCUUCCCAUACUUGGACGUAGAUUUGAAAUACUACGAUUUAGGUAUUGAAUACAGAAAUCAGACUGACGACAAGGUUACCACCGAUGCUGCUGAAGCAAUUUUGAAGUACCAAGUCGGAGUCAAAUGUGCAACCAUUACCCCAGACGAAGCCAGAGUCGAAGAAUUCAAGUUGAAGAAGAUGUGGUUAUCUCCAAACGGUACAUUGAGAAAUAUCUUGGGUGGAACUGUUUUCAGAGAACCAAUUGUCAUUGAUAACAUCCCAAGAAUCGUUCCACAAUGGGAAAGCCCAAUUAUCAUUGGUAGACAUGCAUUCGGUGAUCAAUACAAGGCCACCGAUGUUGUUAUUCCAAAGGCCGGUCAAUUAGAAUUAGUUUUCAAGCCAGCUGAUGGCUCAGCAACCGAAGUUUAUCCAGUGUACAACUAUGACGCGCCAGGUGUUGCGUUAGCCAUGUACAACACUGAGAAGUCAAUCACUGAUUUCGCCGAAUCAUCCUUCAAAAUGGCCUUGGAUAGAAAAUUAAUAUUGUUCUCCUCUACCAAGAACACCAUCUUGAAGAAGUACGAUGGUAGAUUCAAAGACAUCUUCGAAGAUUUAUACGAAAAGAAAUAUAAGAAGCAAUUCGAAGAAGCCGGUAUCUGGUAUGAACAUAGAUUAAUUGACGAUAUGGUCGCCCAAAUGUUGAAAUCCAAGGGCGGUUAUAUCAUUGCCAUGAAGAACUACGAUGGUGAUGUGCAAUCAGAUAUUGUUGCGCAAGGUUUUGGUUCAUUAGGUUUAAUGACCUCUGUCUUGAUGACCCCAGAUGGAAAGGCGUUCGAAGCUGAAGCCGCUCAUGGUACAGUUACCAGACACUAUAGGCAGCAUCAACAAGGUAAGGAGACCUCCACUAACUCUAUCGCUUCUAUCUUUGCAUGGACCAGAGGUAUAAUUCAAAGAGGUAAGUUAGAUAACAAUGCUGAUGUCGUUAAAUUCGGUGAAAGCUUGGAAAAAGCUACUAUCGAUACCGUUGCUUUAGACAACGUCAUGACUAAGGAUUUAGCUUUAGCUCAAGGUAAGACUGAAAGAUCAUCGUAUGUCACUACCGAAGAAUUCAUCGAUGCUGUUGCAAAGAGAUUAAACAAGAACUUAGGAGCUUAA